AUGGCCCAUCCAAUUCAGCGAAGACAAAUGAAGAGGAGAAAAGAAUUGGAAAUCUAUUGUCUGGGGAAUUUGAAGAAAUACCUACAAGAGACCACCCUGCAUGGUUUGAAAUAUUUGGUGGAUAGUUCGCUGACAAAGUGGGAAAAAUCAUUUUUCCUUACCGCCUUUGUGUUUUGCUUCAUUAUGGUGGUACACCUGGUGGCCAACAUCUAUGCCAAAUGGGAUAGUACCCCGGUGAUAAUUGGUAUAAGUCCACAUCCGACACCGAUAGUGAAGCUACCCUUACCCGCCAUGGUUUUGUGUAACAUGAAUCAGGCCGUGUAUUCCAAGGUGGCUAAUUACAGCAAAGGCUCCAAGGAACAUGCACUUCUACAAUAUUUAUGCUAUUCCGAAAUAGCCUAUGAUAGUAAAAGGGAAAAUUCGCGAGAAUUUAAAAAUAAUGAUUUGGAUCCUUUGGAUUUUAUUAUUGCGCAUUCCCAACCCUGCUCUCGUAUGAUGGUUGCCUGUUUUAUCGGUUCCGUGGCCUACAAUUGCAGUGAGCUGUUUCGUGAAGUUGUAACGGAUGAGGGUCUCUGCUGCGCCUUCAACACAUUGCAUCCCAAAUUGAAUUAUAUAAAGAACUAUCGCACACUGGAUGGCCUUAAAACUGCUGCUGACGUUGUACCGGUUGAUUGGAAUCCUGAAAUGGGUUAUCAGGCAAAUUUACCCCCUAAAUAUUAUCCACGGCCAACGUUAGGUACCGGCAUCUCCAUGGGCAUUUCGGUCAUCCUAAAUGCCGAAGUUGAUGAAUACUACUGCUCGACGAGCAACAGUGCCGGGUUCAAAGUAAAUCUUGCCACACCCAUUGAUAGACCGCUGGUCGGUGAAUCAGGCGUUAUUGUACCCUUGGGCGCCACAACCAAUUUUCGUAUUGAUGCCCAAAUUAGCCAAUCAUCCCCGGCCAUACGUUCGAUAAAUCGCAAACGACGUCGUUGUGUUUUCCUCAAUGAAGAAUCGCUCGUUUUCUAUCGUUACUACACAAAGGCCCAUUGUGAACAUGUAUGCCUCUCGGCGUUCCUAAUCGAACGGUGUGGUUGUAUACCCUUCUAUCUGCCGGUUAUCUAUGAUAAUGCCACCUUUUGUAAUGUCAGUCGGAUGUUUUGUGCGGACAAGGCCAGGGUGGAAUAUUCCAGGGUCACUGAUGAUGACUGCACGGCUCGCUGUGAGACAACCUGUUUUGAUUUGAAAUUUGUGCCGGAUGCCUUUAGCUCACCCCUUGCUAUGCAUAAUUAUACGAUACAAAGUGAAAUAUUGGCGUCCAUGCCCAAGGAGGAGGUCCAAAAGAAUAUUGCCGUGCUGCAUUUCUACUAUCGUGAAUCGGUGGUACAUGCGGAAUUGAAAAAUGUCUAUAUUGGGUUUACGGAAUUUUUGUUGCAGCAACAACCAUCCGAUGUCUAUGAUGUCCUGAUAAUUGGAGGUGGUCAUGCUGGUUGUGAAGCAGCAGCGGCUGCUGCUCGUAUGGGAGCACGAACAGCCUUAGUGACCCACAAAAAGGAAACGGUGGGUGAAAUGUCCUGCAAUCCCUCAUUCGGAGGCAUUGGAAAAGGCCAUCUAAUGCGUGAAAUUGAUGCUUUGGGUGGUGUCUGUGGUCGGAUGUGUGAUAAAUCGGGAGUGCAAUAUAAAAUCUUAAAUCGCCGGCGUGGGCCAGCUGUAUGGGGUCCAAGGGCACAAAUUGAUCGUAAACUCUAUAAGAAAGCAAUACAGGAGGAGUUGUUCCAUAUGGCCAAUUUGGAUGUGCAAUGUGCUGCGGUGGAUGAUUUGCUAAUAGAGCCGGUAGAUGAUGGCAAGGCGCGGCAGUGUAAAGGUGUGAUUUUACAAAAUGGCCAGGUGCUAAGGAGUAAUGCUGUUGUCUUGACCACGGGUACCUUUUUAAGGGCGCACAUUAAUUUUGGUUUGGAGGUAAGACCCGCCGGGAGGAUGGGUGAUGCUCCCGCUAUGGCAUUGGGUCAAAGUAUUGAAAAUCUGGGAUUUUCAAUGGGCAGACUGAAGACAGGAACCCCUCCACGCCUGGCCAAGGAUAGCAUUGACUAUAAACGUUUAGUCAAACAUUUAGGGGAUGAUCCUCCCACACCAUUCUCCUUUAUGAACGAUGAGGUAUGGAUAAAGGCCUCCGAUCAGCUACCCUGUUACUUGACCUACACCACACUGAAUGUAAAUAAAAUUGUCAAGGAUAAUUUACAUGUAAAUCGUCAUGUUACCGAAGAAAUAACGGGACCACGUUAUUGUCCUUCCAUAGAAUCGAAAGUUUUGCGGUUUGGUGAAAAGCAACAUCAGGUUUGGUUGGAACCGGAGGGCUUUGAUAGUGAUUUAAUUUAUCCCCAAGGCUUGUCAUGUACCCUACCCUAUGAACAGCAAAUUGCAUUGGUCCAUAGUAUAGAGGGUUUGGAAAAUGCCAAGGUUGUGCAGCCGGGUUAUGGUGUGGAAUAUGAUUUCAUUGAUCCCCGGGAACUUUAUCCCAGUUUGGAAACGAAGCGAGUUAAAAAUCUUUACUUUGCUGGACAGAUUAAUGGUACCACCGGAUAUGAGGAGGCUGCGGCGCAGGGUAUAAUUGCUGGAGCCAAUGCAGCGGCCAAGACGGUACGUUCGCAUGAAAAUUCCGAGGCAGAACAACUUGCCAUUAGUCGUACGGAGGGUUAUAUUGGUGUACUGAUUGAUGAUCUCACCAGUUUGGGUACCAAUGAACCAUAUCGCAUGUUUACCAGUCGUGCCGAAUUCCGUUUGACUUUGCGACCGGAUAAUGCAGAUAUACGAUUAACGGAAAAGGGUUACCAAUUUGGUUUGGUUACCAAAGAGCAGUAUGACCACUUCCAAAAAACCAAAACGGAAUUGGAUAAUGCCAAGGAGUUACUGAGGAGCAUUAAGAAACACACCAACUAUUGGCGUGAGGCUUUGGGUGGGGUAAAAUCAAAAACAUCUGUGGAAAAGACAGCCUUUGAUAUGUUGGGUAUACCGGCCGACAAUGUUACCUUGGAUAAAUUAAUAAAACUUAUGCCAGAAGAAUUGGGCCAUUUAAAGGAUCACAGGUUGCUGGGUGAAAGAAUUAAAAUCGAGGCCUUAUAUUCACAUUUUGUUGAAGAACAAUUUAAAGAUGUCGAAGAGGUGCGAAGGGAAGAAAGCCUUGUUAUACCCAAAGAUAUUGAUUAUUUUGCCAAAAGUUUAAGCCUUUCCAAUGAGGAGCGACAAAAGCUGACCAUGAUACAACCACAAACUAUAGCUGCUGCCAGUCGUAUACAAGGUGUAACACCAUCGACGAUAGUGAGAUUGCUGAAAUAUGUUAAACGUAUGGAGGAACCAAGGCCACAGGAAAGCAGUGCGGUGUUGAGUUGA